CUCUCUUAAAAAAAAGAGAAAAAGAAAAAUGCAACCCUAGAAAUUCUUUAACGUCAACAACCUCUCGAAAUCCCCUUCAUCGAUCGAAUCCCCUCUCUCAAUCCUUUAACAUUCUGCGACCUCGAUCGAUCAAUGGCGUUGUCGGCAUCGGACGUUCAAACCGUCUACUCUCUCCUCACCAACUCGUUGAGCUCCGACGAGUCGCUCCGAAAGCCGGCGGAGUCCGCGCUCGCCCAGUGCGAGAAUCGCCCUGGAUUCUGCUCUUGUCUCCUCGAGAUUAUAGCGGUUAGGGAUGCGGCUUGUAGCCGAUAUUGGAGGCAUCGACGAGAUUCUCAAGGGAUUAGCAAUGAUGAGAAGGUUCACCUUCGAAAAAAGCUGUUGUUACACAUCCGAGAAGAGAAUCCUCAGAUAGCGCUCCAGCUUGCUGUUCUUAUCUCAAAAAUUGCACGCAUAGAUUAUCCAAAAGAAUGGCCAGAGCUAUUUUCCAUAUUGGCUCAGCAGCUUCAGACCGCUGAUAUGCUUGCUUCUCAUAGAGUUUUUAUGGUUCUAUUUCGAUCUCUAAAGGAGUUGUCAACAAAACGUCUUAGCUCCGACCAAAGAAACUUUUCAGAGAUAGCCUCACUCUUGUUCGAGUACACUUGGAGCCUUUGGCAGAGAGAUGUGCAGAACAUACUGCAGGGAUUUGCUGCUCUUUCUCUAGAACUUGCUUCCACAUCCAUUGUGGAGCAACAGAAUGAUAUGUUUUUAACAUGUGAAAGAUGGUUGUUGUGUUCAAAGAUUAUCAGACAAUUAGUUAUAUCGGGCUACGCUAGUGAUGUAACAUCUGCUGAGGAGGUUAGGCAGGUCAAGGAGGUCUCUCCCGUGCUCUUGAAUGCUAUCCAAUCAUUUCUUCCAUAUUACACUUCAUUCAUGGGGAGACAGAUCGAAUUUUGGGACUUCACACAGAGAGCAUGCAUUAAGUUGAUGAAGGUUUUAGUUUCAAUACAGUGCAGACAUCCCUAUUCAUUUGGCAACAAAAGUGUUCUCCCAGCAAUAAUGGACUUUUGCUUAAAUAAGAUCAUAAAUCCUGAACCGUCAUUGACUUCUUUUGAGCAAUUUCUGAUUCAGUGCAUGGUUCUGGUGAAAUCUAUCUUGGAAUGUAAAGAGUAUAAACCUAAACUUACAGGCCGUGUGAUUAAUGAAGGUGGGGACACAUUAGAGCAGAGGAAGAAAAAUAUUUCCACAGUAGUUGCUGGCAUGCUUGCAUCUAUUUUGCCCACUGAGCGUGUUGUUUUGCUAUGCAACAUUUUGAUAAAAAGGUAUUUCAUUUAUACGGGGAAAGAUUUGGAUGAAUGGCACCAGAACCCAGAAUCUUUUCACCAUGAACAGGACAUGAUUCAGUGGACAGAAAAACUGAGGCCUUGUGCUGAAGCUCUAUAUAUUGUGCUGUUUGAGAAUAAUAGAAAUGUGCUUGCUCCUGUAGUUGUUUCAAUUCUUCAUGAGGCAAUGCGGGGUUCUCCUCCUGUGGAAAGUGAAAUAACCCCCGGAAUGCUUCUUAAAGAUGCUGCUUAUAGUGCUGCUGGUCAUGUGUAUUAUGAGCUUUCAAACUACCUGAACUUUAGUGAAUGGUUUCGUAGUUCCUUGACUCAGGAGCUCUCAAAUGAACAACCAAAUAUGCGCAUUCUUCAUAGAAAAAUUGCAUUGGUACUUGGCCAAUGGGUUUCUGAGAUCAAAGGGGAUACCAGAAAGCUAGUUUAUCAUGCCUUAAUCAGAUUGCUUCAGGAUAAUGACAUAGCUGUUAGACUGGCUGCAUGUCGAUCUCUAUGCUAUCUCAUCCAGGAUUCUAACUUCUCUGAACAAGAUUUUUAUGAUCUUUUACCAAUGUGUUGGGGCUUAUGUUUCAAGUUAGUGAAAGAUGUUCAAGAGUUUGACUCAAAGGUCCAAGUUUUAAAUUUGAUAUCUGUGCUGAUUGAACAUAUUGGUGAAAAGAUUAUUCCAUUUGCAAGUCAAUUAGUGGAUUUUUUCCAGAAGAUCUGGGAGGAAUCCACGGGAGAGAAUUUACUUCAGAUUCAACUGUUAACAGCACUCCGUAACUUUAUUUGUUCCCUUGGGUAUCAAUCAUCCAUUUGCUAUAACAUGCUUCUGCCUAUUUUACAAUGUGGUAUUGAUGUUAACAACCCUGAAACACUCAGCCUUUUGGAGGACAGUGUCCUGUUAUGGGAAGCAACACUUUCUCAUGCCUCUUCAAUAGUACCACAAUUACUGGAUUUGUUCCCCUAUCUGGUGUCUAUAAUGGAAAGGAGUUUCGAUCAUUUGCAGGUAGCUGUAGAUAUUAUUGAGGACUACCUAAUUUUUGGUGGGAUGGAAUUCUUGAGUCGCCACGCAUCAAGUUUAGCUACUUUGCUUGAUGGCAUUAUUUCAAAUGUUAAUGACAAAGGGAUUCUUUCAACUCUUCCCAUCAUUGAUAUUUUAGUCCAGUGCUUUCCUGCAGAGGCACCUCCUUUGAUAUUCGGUGUGCUUCAGAAACUUAUUGUUCUCUGCUUAAGCGGAGAAGAUGAUCAUAAUCCUUCAAGGACGGCUGUACGCACAUCUUCUGGAGCAAUUCUUGCAAGGCUACUUGUGAUGAAUACCAAUUAUGUUGCUCAUUUAGCAUCUGAUCCAUCUCUUGCAUUAGUCCUUCAACAGGCGGGUCUCUGCAUCAACCAGAAUAUCCUUCUUUGUUUGGUUGAUUUGUGGAUUGAUAAGAUUGACAAUGCCACAUUCAUACAGAAGAAGGCGUAUGCAUCAGCUCUUUCUAUUAUUUUAACACUAAGAGUGCCUGAAGUCAUUGAUAAACUCGAGGACAUACUCAGUGUUUGUACCACUGUUAUUUUGGGAGAAAGUAAAGAAACAAGCGAAGAGGAUUCCAGUGCAAGCUCCCCUAGCUCCCCUUGGCCUAACAGUGACAGUUUUGGAUAUGGUGGCGUGCCGAGCAAGGAAUUAAGAAGAAGACAAAUUAAAGAUUCAGAUCCCAUCAAGCAAUUGUCCUUGGAAAGCAUGCUUAGAGAAAACCUGAAAGCAUGUGCAUCUCUGCAUGGUGAAGCGUCUUUCAAUGCAGCUAUUGGCAAAAUACAUCCCUCAGCAUUUGCUCAGAUACAGCAGGCGCUUAAGAUGGCUUGAUGAAUAUUAUUAUCCAAAUCGUCAUUCUUUGAACAUUGCCAUGUGUUAUUUUCUUGGAUUUUUUUUAUUUUCCCAUAUACCCUGUACUUGGUUUUGGAUUUUCAGCUAUUGGCUGCUCAGUUGUUUUCCCCAAGUGGCAAUUUCCACUUCCCUAUACAAAUUGUUGUACAAUGUCUUGCCUACAGCUUGUGCAGAGCUCCAUAUGUAUAGUGUCCAAAGGAAAAUGCAUGGUUUUUGUGAUUGAUUUUGCAUCCGUCUCAUCCCCUGAGGGUAAAAAACACAAGCAAGGUUUGCUUGUAGAAGCAGACAGUUUUUUAUUCGUCCUGCUUCAGAUUUUUUGAGUAUGUCUAAAGUUUGGUUAUUGUAUCGAGAAUCCAAUUCCGGGAAGCUUGUAUCCUGACGAUUUCAGUUGCUGUGUGAGGCUUUUUGCUCUAGUAGACAAGUUUGUACAUGGAUAAAUAUUUUUAUUUUUCUUGCUGACUAGACUUGUCCAUUGUUUUCUUGUGAGAAAGUUGAACAUGACUGAGCUCUGCAAAUGUUGUGUCUUGGAUGUUAGUUGGCAAAAAGAUGCAUUGAAAACUUAUGCUGGCGAUGUGGUAUUUGA